AUGAUCUUGACCGAUCUUGCCUCUAUGAUAUUCCGCCUUGCGGAGCUGGUCUUUGCUGCCAUCGUCGCUGGUAUUACGGGCAACCACCUUCACGCCAGCCGAGGGCAAUCGUCCUGGACGCUGGGCCGUUUUAUCUACACCGAGGUUGUGGCGGGGCUCUCCAUCCUGCUUGCCCUCCUCUGGCUGCUCCCCUUCUCCGGCAGCUUCAUCCACUGGCCCGUCGACCUCGUCAUCUCGUUCUGCUGGUUCGCCGCCUUUGGCCUGCUGGUGGACUGGCUCGGAGGCAGCUGUGGCAACACCUUCGACUGGAGCGGCCUCGGCUUCCGCGGCAACAACUGCGGCUCGUGGAAGGCGGACGAGGCCUUCGCCUUCCUGUCGGCCAUCUGCUGGCUUGUCUCGGCCCUCCUCGGCAUCUACUGGACGCGCCGCCACGUUGCGAGCGGCACAGAGCCCACCCGAAGGAGGCGGUGGUACCGCCGCUCGCGUGUCUAG